AUGGGCGAUAUUCAGGACUCGGACCUAAUAAAGGCCCAACUCGCCAUGGACGCCUUGGGCGCGACUCGGGCGACCCGCUCCAAGACCCAAGCACCACCAAAGCCGCCAACAAUCGAUCCUAGCACCGAAGCCCUUGAUACUAGCGCCUACAAAGUCUGGAAGGACAAAGACAUAGGUAAGCUACUACCGACCUGCGGUUCCGAUUAUCCCGACCUCCCUUGGAUUUGUCUAGUCAGAACUUGUCGAGCCCUCUUACCGGGCCUUCCGGGCCUGGGCAGACAUUUUGGUGUGCUUCACCGUACUUAUCGAUUAAACGAUAAUCUGGACGGCACCUUGACCGACCUUGGGAGAUAUACCGACCCUACCCCUAGCGAUAGCAGAAAAUUCGGCGGUACUACCAAGUCUUAUAUUAUUAUAUCCAAAAAGUACAUAAACCUUGCGGAAUCACCGAUGGUUGAACCUAAACCCUAUACGCACCAUACCCCCAACAAAACUAAGCCCGUACAGGAAGCCCCCAAGCGCGAGCUUCGUCGACGGUCGCAAAUCGAUAGAAGUGGAACCAUCCAAGUCUCAGCUAUAAGUAACGACGAACUUAACCCCCAGGAUGAAGUCAAGGGUGCUCUUGUUCCUUCCAGCGAGGGGCCUACCGAGAAGAUUUUGGUGACCGCAAAAUCCGGACGUCCAUACAACAUGUGGCCUGACCAGUCCGGGGUGUGGAAAGAUUUAUGCGGCGCCUUAUUGCCGGACAAAUGGACCCUUUAUACGGAGCAUCCCACCCACCAGUGGAUAUGCCCAGUCAGAUCAUGCCGGUACCUAUACAGCGCGAGGUCUCACCUUGCCAAUCACUUCAAAAUGAGAUACUACGGUUGCCGGUUCAAUGACAAUCUGGACGGGACCUUUACCGUUGUCAAGCGCCCUGCCAGUCUCCCACUUGAGCAACUUCGGAUCGACUAUCACAAUAAUCCACCGGCCGUAAUAUCGCGUGGACCAAUGGAUACCUCUACUGAACCAUUAGCGGAACCCCAAAUGUCCCAGAACUAUAUCAACCGAAAGUUACGAGAGCAUCGCAGAGGGAAAAGUUCCUCAACGGGUAGCUCGAUCGCGGAGACGGUCAUCAAGGACAGUAGAGACUUGCAAGAAAGGCGUAACACAGAACGUGCCAGCUCCCCAGCUCUUCAAAACUCUGCUGGAAAUGCCCGCGUUAUCUCUUCUGAUGUUGGGUUCGACAAGACCACCGAUGGCCGGCCUUAUACCCAUUGGUUGAAUCCGGAGAAUAAUCGGUUUCAGGUGACCCGAGGAUUGAAUCCUGAAGGCUACCAACUUGAACUUCAAGCGUUUCCCCUUCGGCCCUGGAUAUGCCCCAUCAGGUCGUGCAGACUCCUCCUCAGAGGGCAAUCAGCUUAUAGCACUCACUGGACUAUGUGGCAUCCCGACGUUUGCGUAAACGACAACCAAGACGGUACCUUUACGAUCGUUGAAGGUCGCAGCGAGAGUGGUCCUCGGGUUGUGUCUAGGGGCCCAAUGGGAUAUGACGAGUCACCUUUGAAAGAGGCGCAAGAGCCUGACGAUGGCGAUAAAAAAACCAAAGUGCGAGGCGGGGUACGCCGAAAGCGGACUUUCAACGAAAUAUCAGUAUCACCACCAGAACCAGAAGCAGAAGAGGAAGACGGAGACCCCGAAGGACUGCGGCGAUAUAUCACCUCCCAGAUUGGUGGCAACUUCCCCGAUAUUGAGGAAAUGGAACUGGAAGUCCUCCUCGCUUUACCCCGUCGGCGAGAUCUCAAGUUAAAGCACCCUAUUCCAGUAACCCACACACUAACACUUAAGCAACUCACCUCGGUAGUUGUGCAACUUACUGGACGUGAAAGCCCUAAUCCAUGCACCGCAUGUCGGCGCCGCGCAGGGCCUUUCAAGGGCUGUGUCACCAUACUGCCCAAGGUUAGCGUUAAACUGACCAGAUUGGUCUCUUCCAGCUAUCGCAACACUUGUGCCAACUGUCUGUACGACAAUACGUACAAUGCGUGCAGUAUCAAGAAACUGAACAAAACCGAAGAGCGUGCGACAGGUGUGGUUGCACUUAGUGGUGGCGGCGAUGGAGAUGAAGCAGGCGACGAAGCAGGCGACGAGGCGGGGGACGAUGCUGGAGACGAAGCGGAUGAGGAGGACGAGGAGGAAGCUUAUGAGUACGACGAGCAACUUGGUGCCACGGUCAUCCGUCGAUCGCAAAGAUUGCCCAGUAUUCCUGCUGCGGAAGAGAGCGAGGCAGAUAUGGACGGAGUACCACCUCCUCGGAAAGUAAUCACUUUCAAGGAUCCAUCGCCGAUUUACGCCUCGGCUAGCUUGGAUGCCGCAGAAGAGGAAGAAGAAGACGUCGAGUAUCGCCGGGCCAGCAAACGUCUCCGGACGAGGGAACAAACCGCCGUAUCGACCUCAAUUCAGGCCACCGCUGCUUCUGCUCGGUCUCUGUUGGUGUCUAGAGAGGAUCUCGUAACCGAGGAUUGGGAAAGAGGUUCAAGAGGGGUUCUCCCCAAGCGGCGCCAGCCAUCAGAGAGUAAGUCUUUUACACAUCUCUUCCAUGAAUCUUCUUGGACACUCACUAAUAACAACUUUCUAGACCUCGCCUACUCCUCCUCUUACCUCUCAGCCAACCAGACCAUCCAGAUAUGUAAAUCAACCACCCUGACAGUCCUCACCAUCACCUCGGGUCGCACCCACCAGCUUCCCAUCGACCGGUCCCGGACCCGAAUAUGCACCCUCGUCAGCGGCAAGCUGAGGGUGACGGUGAACGAUGGCGAAGAUGAGUUCGCCAUUGGCCCACGUGGUGUGUUCAAGCUCAGCCCGGGGGCGACGUGCUUGCUGGAGAAUUGGUGUUAUCUGGAAGCGGCGGUGCAUGUAACUGCUGUGGCUGAUCGGUAG